AUAAAACCUAGUCCAGUAAGUUCAGACAAUAAACCCUAGGAUUCUCUCUCACACUCCUAAAUAUUCCCCUUCAUUUCCACACAAUCGGCUUCAAUGGCCGCUGCCCGUCCUCUCGUCACCUUGCAAUCACUAGAAGGAGACAUGGCCACCGACUCCUUAACCACCGUUCAACUACCCGACGUCAUGAAGGCCUCAAUCCGACCUGACAUCGUCACCUUCGUCCAUGCCAACAUAUCCAAGAACAAAAGGCAGCCAUACGCCGUCUCAAAGCGCGCCGGCCACCAGACCUCCGCCGAGUCCUGGGGAACCGGACGCGCCGUUUCCCGUAUCCCCCGUGUCCCCGGUGGCGGUACCCACCGCGCUGGCCAGGGUGCCUUCGGCAACAUGUGCCGUGGCGGCCGCAUGUUCGCCCCCACAAAGAUCUGGCGCAGAUGGCACCGCAAGGUCAACGUUAACCUCAAACGCUACGCCGUCGUUUCGGCCAUCGCCGCUUCCGCCAUCCCCUCCCUAGUUCUCGCCCGCGGCCACCGCAUCGAGUCGGUACCUGAACUUCCUUUGGUGAUCAGCGACUCUGCCGAGAGCGUGGAGAAGACCUCUGCAGCUCUUAAGGUCCUACAGAAGAUCGGUGCUCAUCCCGAUGCCGAGAAGGCUAAGGACAGCCACUCGAUCCGUCCAGGCAAAGGUAAGAUGCGUAAUCGCCGAUACAUCAAUCGCAAGGGUCCACUGAUUGUCUACGGGACAGAGGGGGCGAAGCUCGUGAAGGCUUUCCGGAAUAUUCCUGGGGUUGAUAUCGUGAACGUGGAGAGGCUGAACCUUCUAAAGCUCGCACCCGGAGGUCACCUCGGGAGGUUUGUGAUCUGGACCAAGUCGGCCUUCGAGAAACUCGACUCUAUCUACGGUUCAUUGGAGAAGCCGUCCGAGAAGAAGAAGGGCUACGUGCUGCCUAGGUCCAAGAUGCUUAACGCUGACUUGUCGAGGAUUAUCAACUCGGACGAGGUGCAGUCUGUGGUGAAGCCAAUCAAGAAGGAGGUGAAGAGGGCGCCUAUGAAGAAGAAUCCACUUAAGAAUCUCAGCACGUUGCUGAAGUUGAACCCCUACGCCAAGACCGCCAGGAGGAUGGCGCUUUUGGCCGAGGCGGAACGCGUCAAGUCCAAGAAGGAGAAGCUUGACAAGAAGCGGAAACCAAUCACUAAGGAAGAGGCUGUUGCAAUCAAGUCUGCAGGGAAAGCAUGGUACCAGACAAUGAUCUCUGACAGUGAUUAUACCGAGUUUGAGAACUUCACGAAGUGGCUUGGAGUCUCCCAGUGAUUUUUCUUUCUUUAUUUUUUUUUUUCCUUGGGUUUGAAAAUUUUGUAGACGUACCGAUCCCUGUGAUUUUUGUUCACAGCCUUGAGACGUGGAUGAGAUUAGGUUGGGAGGAAAUGCCCAGAAUGAGAUAUGAAAAUGAAUUUUUUAUGGAAAAAUAUAAUUGCAAGCAUAAUUGUGUACUAAUUUGUGCACUAA